AUGGAGGAGGAGCGAGACACAUGGGCCAAGAAAAUAGAUUUUCUACUCUCUGUCGUGGGAUUUUCAGUUGAUCUGGCCAACGUUUGGAGGUUUCCUUAUCUGUGUUACAAAAAUGGCGGAGGAGCUUUCCUCAUCCCAUACACACUGAUGUUACUGCUGGGAGGGAUUCCUUUAUUUUAUAUGGAGCUGGCACUCGGACAGUUUAACAAAACCGGCGCCAUUACAUGUUGGGCUGCGAUAUGUCCGCUCUUUAAAGGUACUGGCUGGGCUGUAGUUCUAAUCGCCUUCUACACAGAUUUUUUUUACAACGUCAUUAUCGCUUGGUGCCUCCAUUUCUUCUUCGCCUCAUUUACUACUGACCUCCCUUGGAUGUCGUGUGACAACGACUGGAAUACAAAAAGCUGCUUUGAUGGCAAACCAAAACACAACGCCACCGCUGGAAACAGCAGCUCCGAUUUCAACAGAAGCAUGUUGUCAAGCACAUUAUCUUCACAGUCCUCUUCAUCGAAUAUAUUUUCAUACAUUGGCUCUAAUGUGACAUCAUUAAAUAUUUCGCUAACCGACAUGGCAUCAGCGAUGGUCCACAAUAACACUAAAGUCAGAUCCUCUGCCCAAGAAUAUUUUGAACGGGGUAUGUUGGCGCUACACAACAGUAAAGGAUUCAUGGACUUGGGUGAGCUCAAGUGGCAACUGGUGCUAUGCCUUGCUGGCGUUUAUCUUAUCUGCUAUUUCAGUAUGUGGAAAGGGAUUCUAGUCUCGGGAAAGGUAGUGUGGUUUACGGCACUAUUUCCAUACGUGGUUCUCUUUAUUUUGAUGAUUAGAGGAGCGACAUUGCCCGGUGCUGCCCAGGGAAUAGAGUAUUAUUUGACUCCCAAUUUUACACGGCUGGCCAGCUCUCAGGUAUGGGUUGAUGCCGCAAACCAGGUGUUCUUCUCACUGGGUCCCGGCUUUGGCGUCCUAUUAGCAUUUGCUAGCUACAAUCCAAUCCACAACAAUGUUUUCAGAGACGCCAUUUUGACAAGUACAAUCAACUGCUCAACCAGCUUUUUCUCUGGCUUCAUCAUAUUUAUGAUACUUGGCUACAUGGCGGAUAGAACAGGACAACCUAUUGACGAGGUCGCCACAGAAGGUCCUGGUCUAGUUUUUAUAGUGUAUCCCGAGGCUAUCUCUACACUCCCAGGUGCUACAUUCUGGGCUUUGAUCUUCUUUCUGAUGCUGCUAACACUGGGACUCGACAGUUCGUUUGGGGGAUCCGAGGCCAUUAUUACUGCAUUAGCUGAUGAAUUCCCAGUUCUACGACGUCACAGGGAACUUUUUGUUGGCUGUCUUUUUACUCUCUAUUUCGUCGUCGGUCUGGCCAGCGUGUCGGAGGGUGGAUUUUAUGUGAUACGUUUAAUGGAGACAUUUGGAGCAGGCUAUUCCAUAUUGUUCGCUGUUUUAUUCGAGACCGUGGCUGUUUCGUGGGCUUACGGUGUCCACAGAUUUGCAGCUGAUAUCGAAGUCAUGAUCGGCACUAAACCCGGCCCGUACUGGAUGAUUUGCUGGAAAUUUCUCGCGCCUGCUUUUAUAUUGUUCAUUAUUGUGUUUGGUUUGGCAAACUACGCCCCUUUGGAGCAUGAGGGUUAUAUCUACCCAAUGUACGCGAAUUUAAUAGGCUGGGCUAUUGCUCUCUCCUCCAUUCUCUGUAUCCCUGGAUUUGCAAUCUACAGCAUUAUCCGAGCUAAAGGACCACUACUAAAUAGACUGCAGAAACUGCUUCAACCAACGAACAACAGGGAGGCCAAGAUCAGAAAAGCAAUGAACACCAUUAGAGUGAAUGGUGAAGUGGGAGAGGUUGGAGUUGGGGUAUAAGCAACAAGAUCAUGCAGUAGUUGAGUGAGUUGGGGUAUAAGCAACAAG